AUGGGUGCACCAUCUACGCCCCAAACCAAGCCCGAAGUGGUGACAGUUACAACAGCAGAUGAAGUGCCAGUUCAGCUGGAGGCAGCAGGUUGUACAGAUCGAGGCCUCCGUGCUUGGACAGUCGUUGUCGGCGCCUGGUGUGCCAAUCUCUGCGGCUUUGGCUGGGUCAAUUCCAUCGGGGUUUUCCAGGAGUACUAUCAAUCGCAUCAGCUGCAGUCCUACUCUACAUCAAGCAUCUCUUGGAUCCUAUCCCUGCAGCCAUUCGUGCUCUUCGCCGCAGGCCUUGUUAUAGGAAGGGUCCUUGGGCUUAUGAUGACGUCCAUCUCCAGUCAGUAUUAUCAGUUCAUGCUUGCCCAGGGUAUAUGCGGCUCGCUGGGCGCAAGCCUCACGUUCUACUCUUCAAUCGCAUCGACAGCAACAUGGGUCGCACCCGUUCCUCGACCUGUCAGGUUUCAUGAUUAUAUCAACCCAUUCACGGAGCUGCCUUUUUUCCUGCUCACAACGGGUUCCUGCCUUGGUUUCUUUGCCACCUUUGUGCCUAUCAACUAUGUCAUCCUGGAGGCGCAGACAGGCGGAGUAGACCGUGACUUGGCCGGGUAUAUGCUCACGAUACUAAAUGCCGCUAGUCUACCCGGUCGAAUACUACCGGGUUAUCUGGGCGACAAAUGGGGCCGGUUCAACGUGAUGAUCGGCAUGUGCGGGCUUUCUACCAUUGUAGUGCUCGCCCUUUGGCUGCCCGGCACACUUACUAACCCUGGUUCCGCAGCCAUAUAUAUAGUCUUCUGCCUGCUAUAUGGCUUCUUCUCUGGUGCCUUUGUGAGCAUGGUACCAGCCCUGCUCAGUCAGAUCUCCGCGGACGUAACCAAGAUUGGAGUCCGCCAGGGUGUUCUCUUCACUUGUGUCAGCAUCGCAACGCUCACAGGAAACCCGAUUGCAGGUGCAAUCUUGAAUCAGCAGAAUGGAGCGUACUGGGGUUUACAGGUCUUUGCUGGCCUGAUGAUGGCUGGAAAGACGGAGUAUAAAUGUAAUAAACGUCAGAACUUCGUUGAGAAACACUUCAUGGUUCAAGCCGUGGCAAGCUAUGGGCAUUACCAGAAUGCUGAAACAAGAGGAAGACCCACUGAAGUCCAGAAUUCUUACUACGUAACGACCAGUGUGGUCAUAGGCAAGACCGUACAAACACUGGUCCCUACUGACGCUGCUGCUGCCAGAUGCGAGGCACUCUCCAAGCGGACCCUUGUAGCGGUCAACGCCAGCUUGGGGGUAUGGACAGCCAAGGAAGGGCGCCUUUUCCCGUCUUUAUCUACAUCUUCCAUAGGUUCCGGGCAGGGACGGAUAACAUAG